UGCAUUUUGGUUCGACAUAGCGCUUCUUUUAUUAUUUUUUAUACAUUAUUACAUUUUUAUUAAUUGUUUGUAAUUAGGUGUAUUUUGCAUUACCAAUCUUGCAGGUGCUGCAUACUGCCAGCGCAGAGUAAUGGCAGAUGGCUUCAUUUCAGGCUGCUUUAUUAUCACUACAUUUCCUAAGAUUGUUACACUAGAAAGAUGGGAGCUGCUGCCAUCAGCAUGGAAUUGUAGCUAUAUCUGCCAGAGGAGAUACUGGGCUGACAUAUACACAAUGGAGAAGAGAAUCAUGAACAUUAAAGAAGAGGACUGUGAAUGGCAAACUGACCUCUACAGUCAGCCGAGCCUGAGCAUUAAAUUGGAGGGCUGUGAAAGGGAGUCGGUGGGCAUUACAGAAGACCCGGAGCAGACAUCUGUGUGUAUUGAUGUACAGAAAUGUGAAAUUGCAGACAACCUCAAGGAAGAGGACCUUAAUUCAGAGUCGGUGUUUAAGUAUAAUUGUCAAGAUGGAGAAAUGACCGGAGUAGUCUCCGUACAGGACAGGCACUAUUCCUUGCAGGAGCAUCGUGGUAAUGUCAAAUCUGAAUUAUUAAUGUCAGAUGCAGGGAAAGUAUCACGGAAUACACUGGAAGAUCAGCCAAGCCCUUCAAGCCCUUGUGGAGGAAAGUUACAAGACAGUGAUCACUUCACUUCAUCCUCAUUUGGACAGGUCUGUCUUCAAAGCAGAUCACAACAGCCAGCAUAUGAGGAAAACAUCAAGAAGCAACAGGUGCAAAAUACAAAUCUGAUGUCUUUGAAUACCUGCCAAGAGUCUAAACAAAGGUUUAAAAGGAAAUCAAAUAAUAAAGAUCCACAGUGGAGCCAUUUGAAACAGAAACCUCAUUCCUGUGCUGAAUGUGGCAAACGGUUCUGCAACACUAGCAAUCUUCGGACGCACAUGAGAACUCACACUGGCGAGAAGCCAUAUUGCUGUUCUGCAUGUGGAAAGCAAUUUUCACAAAUGAGCACCCUUCAGAGGCACACAAGAGUUCACACUGGAGAGAGACCUCAUUGUUGCUCUGAAUGUGGCAAACAGUUCUCCUUCAAAGGUAGCCUUAAGAGACACUUGAAAGUUCACACUAACCAGAAACUGCAUUGCUGCUCAGAAUGUGGCAAAAGAUUUCCUGGAAAUAAAAGUCUUCAGGCACACCUAAGAACUCACAGUGGGGGAAAGCCAUAUUGCUGUUCUGAAUGCGGUAAACAAUUUACCUUCAGCAGCAGCCUUCGGAGACACACAAGAAUCCACUCUGGAGAGCAGCCCUACUGCUGUUCUGAAUGUGGCAAACGAUUCUCCCGCAGUAGCAUUCUUCUGAGUCACUCAAGAAUUCACACUGGAGAGAAACCACAUUGCUGCUCUGAAUGUGGAAAACGCUUUUCUAGGGCUAGUAACCUUCAGGCACAUGCAAGAAUUCACUCGGGAGAGAAACCCUACUGCUGUCCUGAAUGUGGCAAACGAUUCACUGACAACAGCAGUUUUCGGAUACACGUAAGAUUUCACUCUGGAGAGAAACCAUAUUGCUGUCCUGAAUGUGGCAAACGAUAUUCUACCAGUAGCAAUUUUCGAAUACACACAAGAACUCACUCUGGUGAGAAACCCUAUUGCUGUCCUGAAUGUGGCAAACAAUUCUCCACCAGCACCUAUUUACAGAGACACAUGAUAACUCACAUUGGUGAGAAGCCAUAUUCCUGUUCUGAAUGUGGCAAACGAUUCUCAAAGAAAUACACUCUUCAAAAACAUGCAAGAUUUCAUAGUUAAGCCUACUAAUCCCUCUGUACUAAAUCAUUGUUGCCAUUAACCAAAAGAAAGGUUUGAUAAAGCUAGAGAGUUGAAGUGUAAGUCUCAAAGUGUCUACUUACCUUUUAGAAAGCAGAAAGAAAAACUUAAAAUAGUAGACGAUUAUUGCCACAGUUGUACCUUGAUUCAUGGUAUUUACUAACAGGAACUUCCUUCACUCUAUAUGAGUUACUUAAAGAGGCAUUGCUUGGGAUAGCCUUACAACAAAUUUAGAGGAAAGAAUGAAGAGCAAUGAAAAAAAAUGUCAGGACAAGAGUGGACCUCUCUCAUUACUCAUGAUAAAGUGCAACCAAAGAGUGAAGAAAUUAGUCUCAGACUAUGAGAAAUGAAAAAUAUGAAGAAAAGCAGUCUGGAAUAAACCAUAGGUAAAAUAAAUUGGGUCCAUACUAAUUCUCACAACUUACAGACUCCUAUAUAUUUCCUACCAUUCCCCUAUGUGAGCUAAAGAACGUUAUUACAGGACACAAUGAGAUUAUUACGCAGAGCUCUUUGCAUAUUUUAAAAGGAUUAGUGGCAAAAAAAUUGCCAUAACUAAUGACAAGGGUCACUCCUGAUAUGACAGAGCAGAAGCACAGUCACAUCAAAAAAUGAACCCUAUUCUCACUUUUGCAAACAAUUCUCAGAUAGCAGUAUUCAAUGCCACUUAAGAAUUCACACUUUGAGAAGCCAAAAAAGGCAUCUGCCAACAGUAACCAUCUAUGGUGAACAUUGGAGAGAGAGACAUGGGGCAAACAAGAGACAGAAAGAAUUGAAUAAUGUGGUUUCUCACAUGCAAGACAUUUACUCGGGACUCCAUCCCUCUCCAUUGCAUGUCCUAAGGUGGAGAGACUGGCUGUGAAUGUGGACCUUGGAGUCAUAAAGCACAAGCGGAACUAAAGGUAAUCCCGUCUGCUCAAGUAAGCAAAUGAACUUUUGAGCCCAUGCCCCAAGUUUGCAACCAGCUUCUCUACAUGAGGGCAUGAAAUGGCAGCCGGGCAUAUUUAAUGUUUAAUACAGAACAGCCAGAUUGCCAAACCCUACUGCACAAAUUCAAACUUCUCCACAGUCAAGGGCAAAAGGGAAUGCUACCAAAAACAACAAAUAAUACCACUAAACACUCUGCUUGUGUUGUCCCCAAUACAUGAACACUCAUGAUAAGCACAGUUCCAUUCUUCAGUCAUGCACCUUCCAGCUUGUGGCUGUCUCUUUGUGGUUCCUUUUCCUGCAGGUGAAUUGGCAAGGCCCUCAUCUCCUGCUUCCUCAUCUGCUUUGCCUCAUGCAGUCCAUCAGCUACUCCAUCCCGCUCCUCUCAUCCAGAUGCAGGCUGUGCUUCUCUAUCACCUUAUGCUGCCAGACCUCCUGACUUUUGCAUUGGUCCUGCAAGAUUUGCACCACAGUAUGCCUAACACCUGGACAGCAUUCCUGAGGAAGCAGUGGAAUAGACUGGAUGCUUCUAGAGAGUUUGUUAUCAACCAGGUGGUCCCAGAUUGUCUCACAUGUGCUGUCCCCUUGCAGUAACCUUGCAGACCAUUCUGAUAAGUGCCUCAGACUGCUGGAUGCUACAAUGUAUGAAAUGAAGCACUAGAUUAAAGAGAUGCCUCAUGACAAGAUACAAGUGCUGUCAUGGUCAGAAAUCCUAUUUUCCCAGUGCUGAUGCUGAGGUUAUUUUGUGCCUUAGGCCAAGCUAGGAUGGCAGCCAACUGUUUGGUAGCUAACUCGUGCAGCUGGGUCCCCAAGCCCCCCCAACAACACAGCUCAUGAUCUGUGCUGCCGCCCCUAUGUGCUCCAGUAGAUGAACUAAUAACAACGGAAUUUGUAUUUUUCUCAGAAGCUACACUAGAGUUAACCAAAGAAAAGCACAAAAAUACAACAUAUAAUAAAUGCAUUAAAUGUUUUGAACAGCACCAAAGAUAUUGCAAGGAUGUUGUAGGCAUAAAAUAAAAAUAAAUUAAUCAAAUAUCAUAAUACAAACACAUUUAUACAUUCAAAACUAAAAUGCGAGGUGUGAUCAAAAAAUAUGGUAAAUGUUUAAAUUAAAAAAAAAAGUAUUACAGUAAACGAACAGAAAAUACUCCCCCUCUCUUCAAGCACACGUAUCCCAUCGUUCUUGUGACUUUCUGAGGCGGUUCUGGAAGUCCGUUUCUGUUAGUUGCACUGUCAUGGUUGCCUCGAUGUCCUGACUCGAUUAGAAACAUUUAUCUUUCGUGGUCAUUUUGACUUUGGGGAAGAGUCAGAAGUCGUAUGGUGCGAGAUCUGGUGAAUAAGGUGGAUGAGAACACACUGUAAUGUUUUUACUUUGUCGUAUGUGAAAUAUAGGGAAAGUAUUGUAAUCCUCCAAAAAUUCCAUUUUGAGAUUUUA